AGAACAGGCCAAGUUUCAAACGAUGAAAGCGUAGUAAGCACGCUGACAACGUCGACGCGGUUUUGCCGUUAAUAGUUAACCUUUUCAGUUUUUCUUCUUCUACGAUUUCCAUCUCCGAUUUCCUUUCUCACAAUUCUCUCAUUUCAAGCAAAGCAUAAAGGGGCCGAGAGGGGGAGAGGGUUUUGUGAUUUGAUGUCAUCUCCGACUGCGUCGUAUUGGUGCUACCGGUGCAGCCGUUUCGUUCGAGCAUGGAGGCAGCAGGCGCCCGACGACAGAAUCACCUGUCCAGACUGCGAAACCGGGUUCAUCGAAGAGUUCGAGAUCCAAGAAGACAUUUCUAACCGGAGAUUUCCUCCGCCGUCUUCUUCUGCCGCGGCCUCCGCCGCUAUGCUAAUGGUAGGUGCUCUUCCGUCGACAGAUCAAAAUAAUCCUGUUCGUAGAACUCGCAGAAACACCGGUGACCGCUCCCCUAUUAACCCCGUUAUCGUGCUUCGUGGAGGAAGCGUCGGUGGUGGAGAAGGAACAAGUGAGAAUGAGAGCAGUGGACGCGGAUUCGAGUUGUAUUAUGAUGAUGGAAGUGGGUCUGGGUUGAGACCGUUGCCGCCGAGCAUGUCGGAAUUUUUUCUGGGAUCUGGGUUUGAAAGAUUAUUGGAUCAGAUAUCGCAGAUUGAAAUUAAUGGGCUAGGCAGAUACGAGCAUCCGCCGGCUUCGAAAUUUGCGAUUGAGUCCAUGCCGACAGUAAUCAUCAGCGAGGGGCACACCGCCAUAGAGUUGCACUGUGCGGUGUGUAAGGAGCCCUUCGAAUUGGAAUCGGAGGGGCGGGAAAUGCCUUGUAAGCACAUAUAUCAUUCCGAUUGCAUACUUCCAUGGCUUUCACUUCGAAAUUCGUGCCCAGUUUGCCGGCACGAGUUGCCUGGAGAUGAUGAAUCGAGCAACGAUCAGGUCUUUGGGGAGAUUAACAAUGAUAAUGAGGAGUCGGCUGUGGGAUUGACGAUAUGGAGGUUGCCGGGAGGUGGGUAUGCAGUGGGGAGAUUUACGGGAGCAAGAAGUGGGAUGAGAGAGCUGCCUGUAGUUUAUACUGAGAUGGAUGGCGGGUUUAAUAAUGGGGGUUUGCCGAGGAGGAUAUCAUGGGAGUCAAGAGGAGGGGGCAGAGGGAGAGAGAACGGAGGCGGCGGCCGCCGCGGUAGUUGGGUUGGCUUGGGUCGGGCUUUAAGGCAUUUGUUUACUUGUUUUGGUGGUGGGAUUACUGGAGAGAGCUCAAAUUUAGAUUCGAGAAUUAGGAGGGGAAGGAGUAGGUCUUAUUGGCUUUUUAAUAGCACUUCUUCUCCAAGGAGGAGAAGAGUCUGGGAUGUGGAGGUUAGUGUUGGAAGAAGGAGAAGGUGAAAGCUGAAAACUUUGCCUGCGGUGGCUUUUAGUUAUUUGUAAAUAUCAAUAUAUGAUAAAGCUGAACAUAAAAAAGAUCCACUUUUGUUUGGUUGGUGAAUUUGGAAGAAGUUGAUCUAAAUAAGACAAAGUUGAAGAACAUGAAUUGAACAAGAGCAACGCAUCAGGGACUGGCAUUUGCAGAGUUGGAGGUACAGGGCAAGCUCCCAUUGGAAAUCCAUUGGGAAGCUUUACAGUUCGGAGUGAAGUGUAGAUUCCCUACAAGUUUCUGGGCCUCCCAAGCUGGCAGGCCAAGUUGCAUUUUUCAGUGUGUACUAUUUGGGGACAGGCAAGGCAAGGCAAGGCAAAAUGAACCUGAAAAAGGGCUCUUUCCCAAAUUAUGAUGCUCCUUUAAGUGCCUAAUAUUUUAACAUGGAAUGAUUAGAACAGACCGUAGGGUAUGGAUAAAGUUGGUUGCUGUUGCAAACGCAUGAUAUUGCCCAUUUCUUAUCAUGAAUUCUCAUUAUUCUUGUCCUUCACUCGAUGCUUUAAAAUUUUAAUCAGUAUAGCUAGGAAGCCAAAAUUAUCUGCAAGGGAAGGGACAGGAUUUUAUUCGAUGCCCUUUAAAGAUUAUGUUGGGAGAAGAACAACUUUAUCCUAGUAUACUAUGAGUUUAGCUUGCGAUUCAUCAGUUUUUGAAUUCCAAUCCUAUGAUAUAUUUUAAGGGUUUUGCAUUUAUCGAGUGAAGCGUUUUCUUUUUUUUUUUUUUUUUGUAAUUCCCAUUGCAUUAAUUAGAAUGGACUAGGGCCUACAUUAGGAGAUCAUACACAGGCAUUCCAAAUAGAUGGUGAAGACUAAGACAAAGCUCAAUCCUAAAACCCAAUACUUCGACUCCGUUACAGCCCGGUGGGGGAGAAACUCUACUGCGGAAAGAAAUCAAUCUAAAUUCUGGAAUAAUUUCGGCCGCCUGUAGAGGACAUCCAAGGUGAAUUCACCGAUACUCCAUCGAUAAAAGCUAAAAGCCAACAAAACAUAUUAAAGUCUAGGAGAAGAGGUGAUAUGCAAUUUAGCAAACCUCACGGAUCCAAAGUCUCGAAGGCUACCACACCAGAUCGGGCUGGUAUCCAACAGCAAAUUAAGUAAAUCAUCGUCUUCAGCCUUUCAUCAAGAUACCAACCACAGAUCGAAAAGGUUCCUGACAAAUGUGAAUAGGAUGUGCUUUUCAGUGUCUUAUUUGUAUCUUUCAAGAUUUUACUCGAGGUAUCAUCAUCACCUUUGGUUAAGUUUAUACAGAGAGAGAAACUGUCGAUCUAUGAGAUAAAAAAAAUUUACAUGCAGCAAACCUACAAUC